AGAGCUUCCGCAGCUCCCUGUUCCAUUAUUAGCUAUCCACCAAGGUGCUACUCCUGGCUGUGGGUGGAGGCCACUUCGAGGAGGGAGUACCAGCACCGUUCAUCCCAGUAUCAGCCUUGUGUCGCCAGGAACUGGAAGGAACUGAGGAAGUUACUGCUGACUACCCUGAAGAGAAAAGUAUUAGCUUUAGCAAAACUUUUGGACCCACCGAUCUCUUGCUAGCCUGGUACAGACUCGUCUUGCCUGCUUGCUUGCUUUUGUCAGGAAUCCAAGAGUUAAGAAAUGCUGGGGUGUGUGGCCGUUUCAGUUUGUUACCCUUACUGAAACACACCCCCAGCGCUCCUGCGGUAGCCAGCUCACUGCUGGAUUGUUCUCUUGACUUCAUAGGGGAGAGAGAUCAAGCGCAUUUCCUAAGAUGCCCUUGGGACAUAUUAUGAGAGUAGAUCUAGAGAAAAUUGCACUGGACUACAUUGUACCUUCUUUGCACGAUAUCGGGUUUUGCUACCUGGACAACUUUUUGGGCGAGUUGGUGGGGGACUGCGUGCUGGAACGCGUAAAACAGAUGCACUAUAACGGGGAGCUGCAAGAUGGUCAACUGGCUGGCCAGCGCAACGGCAUCUCCAAAAGACACUUGAGGGGAGACCAGAUAAAGUGGAUCGCGGGCACUGAGGAGGGAUGCGAGGCCAUCAACUUCCUCUUGUCUUUGAUAGACAGGCUGGUGAUGUACUGUGGAAGUAGAUUGGGCAAAUACUAUGUCAAAGAAAGGUCCAAGGCAAUGGUAGCCUGCUACCCUGGAAAUGGAACUGGCUAUGUGCGUCAUGUGGACAACCCCAACGGUGAUGGGCGCUGUAUCACCUGCAUUUACUACCUGAACAAGAACUGGGACUCAAAGCUACAUGGAGGGAUUCUACGAAUAUUCCCUGAGGGCAAGUCCUAUGUAGCGGAUGUGGAACCCAUAUUUGACAGAUUACUUUUUUUCUGGUCAGAUCGAAGAAACCCUCAUGAAGUACAGCCUUCCUAUGCAACAAGAUAUGCCAUGACUGUGUGGUAUUUUGAUGCUGAAGAAAGAGCAGAAGCCAAAAAGAAAUUCAGGAAUUUAGUUGAUGCGGGGAAAACAGAAGCAGUUCUCAAUGAACACUGAGCAGUGGUUUACCCAAUGUAAUUCUUCUGUUGCGAUGAUUUGGGAAAUGUUUGCAAGCAAUAAGAUCCAAAGACACCACGGUCUGUUUCCAGUAAUUAUUGGGCACUCUUCUUCCUUGCAGAAAUGCACUAUUUUUUGGCACUGUCUAGUAUUUGCAUAUUACAGUGAUGGUACUCAUGGCAGCUUCGUAUCACACCUUUUUGGCAUAAAGCACCCGUUUUCUACUUGCCUUUACCUGAAGGAUGCCACCGGGGUUUCCUGAAACAAAGAUGAUCACCAAGCCUUCCACUAAUGUCAAGACCAGGUUGGCAAUAUAGUGGUAAUAAAGAUACUAAGCCUUUGAAAAUGUAACUGGGGAAACCUGAGUCUUAUUUGCACUUUAUUUACACGUUCUAGUUCAAUGGGAAGGAGCUUUAUAAAGAAUCCUCUGUGGUAGACUGCAGCAGGCAACACAAAGCAAUCAGAGCUGCAGAACGGAACUACAGAUUUGUCAAGAGCCAAGUUCCUUAUGCGCAACGUGGGGCCUUUGGACAGGCUGCCUCAUCACUGUGCUGCACAGACUAUUGGCUUCGCCAGCCUAUAUCAUUAAUUUCUAAAAAGGAUCAGCCUCCCACUUGUCAUAAAUUGCUUGGAUUUUAUCCACAUGUUUGAGCCAAGCAGCGGCAGUGGUUCCGUCACUUUGCCUUUUAGAGCCCCAGAACAGAGGUGGAGGCAGUUGUACAGCUGUCCACUGUUUUGUGUGAAAUGUGUUUUCUCUUGGAAGUGUGAUGGAUCGGCAUGAUUUUCAUCAUUUUUUUAAACUUCCUUUUAUAAAGUCACCACCCCUGCCAACUCUUGCCCAAAUAUGUAAAUUUUUAUGGAGAAAUGCUGGCAAGCUAAAUGCACGUAUGCCAAGAAUCCAUCUAGUCAAACUUUAGUUUUAUUAUUAGUUUUAACUGAUCUUCCACCAGCCACACUUCAUAUGUGAGAAAUGGAACGUUGAUAAUCCACUGCGUGUAUUUGUCAGACUGGUGAAAUGCAGGAGGAUACCUGCAGCCAAGCAAGAGAACAUGGGAUGCCAUCUUGAAUCACCUGGCAUCUUUGAUUAACUCUGCAAUCCUGCAUGGCAGUACCUUACAUGAGAAUAAACCCCAUUAAUCUCAAUGGGUACUACUUCCAAGGAGGAAUGUAUUUUUCUGAUCUGGCAUCAAUGGGGCUAGGAUUAUAGAAAUGACUUUCAAGCCCAAUCGCUGCUUGUGAAUCUGUGAGAAAGUGUGUUCAGUAUUGCAGCAUUACAGUUCAGUUCUAAGAUGAGUUAUACCAGCAAAACCUUUUUUUUACAGAAGGUGAUAUACCAGUUUUGUAAACAUGCAAUAUGAAAAUGCAUUACCUUGCUGGUAGAGACACUCUGACAAUAUUUUGGAAUAAGAUGCACAGUUAUAUUGCCAAUUCAGUAGCCCACUGCAAAUGUUUGUUUAAUUUUAUUUUGGUGCAUAUAUAAUUUGAUUGAAAAAAUGGUCCCAGAUGUUAUAUUCAGGUAAACAUUGCCUUCCUGCAUUUGAGCCACAAGUUGUACAGAUUCAUGAUGACUGAGCAUGCAUUUUCUUAUCCUGGUUACACUUUUUGUACAGGAAAAUGCCAGCUCUAUUGAGUGAGUUUUCUGUUCUUGGGCACUCAGCACUUAGCAUGGAUCAUGUGGCUUUGUGGCUGAAAAACAAGUAUUCUUGUUUUCUUAAAAUAUAUAAUAUAAAGCAACCUCUGGGAUAAAUUCACUCACCAUUGAUAUCUCUAGCAAUGUUCUGAACACUGUACUGGAGAUUCUGCCUUGUUCUUCCAUGUAUAUACUUUCCUCUGUGUUUCUGAUCUUUCCAGUAAGUUAUUCGGCUUUGGCAAUUUUCAGUUUUCCUUUCUUGGUGACCAACAUUGCUUCAGCCAGUUUCUUUCCUGAUGUUACCCUUUUUACAGCUAGAAACGAGAUGGCUCUUUUUAUAUCCCCUUUUUCCUGGUUAAGCAAGCUGCUUCUCCAGAAUCUGAGCCAGUGAACAAGAGUGAUACUUGCCCAGGCUCAGGAUCUCUCUGUUCCAUGCAGUGCAGCAUCUUUGUGCCACAUGCAGCAUGGCAUGUAAAACUGAUGUAUUCUGUAGCGAAAUAAUAGUUGUUCCAUUCAGAAGAAGAGACUCUAUUCUCUUCUUCCUUGGAAGUCUAAUUUUUAUGAUGCUUUGAAAUGCUUCUAUUUCCUCUCAGAUUUUCCCCUGAAGGCUUGCAUGGUCCUAUGGUUUUACCCACUUUGGCAAGAUGGUGGUGUGACUUCAGCACACAGAGCCUAUUUCAUUUCAAGAAGAUGUGAUAAGCUCAAAUGAGGCUCAGAUAGAUCAAACUCUCUCCUCUCCUUUUGUGGAUGACAUCUAGAUAACUACAUCAGUUGAAAAGAAAAUGUGGCAUUACAUUUUUUCCUCAUUCUUUCCCAAUCUAGUGUAUCCAGAUUAUUUGGACUUCAGUUCUUAACAGCCCCAUCAUGAAGAAUGGCCAGGGAUUCUAGAAGUGAGGAACACAAGAAACUGCCUUAAACCAUGUUGGACCACUGGUCCAUUCGGCCCACUAGUGUCCGCACUGGCUAGUACUGAUGGUAGCUCUCCUGGGUGUCAGGCAAAGUUCUGGAGGGUAGCAGGUGAGGAAAGGCUGCAGACUCUGCCUAUGGCUGUGCCAGCCAAAUUCUAUAGGCAUCAGAGGGAGACUUUAUGAAUCAAGAGAUGAGGCAGAAUUAAUUGAAAGAAAACAGCAAAGACUCUGGCAGCAUCUUAGAGGCUAAUGAAUCAGUUGAUUUUGGCAUAAAUGUUCAUGACUAUAUUAGAUAUUUUGGUGGUCUUAAAAUGCCACAAAUGCAACUGUUUUUCCUGCAAUGGGCUAAUGUGGCAGCUCCUCUGAAAAUUAAUCAGAAAUGGCUUGCAUAGGUGCACUUAAGGCUAUGGCUUUUUGUCAGGUUUCUCAAGCUGUCUUUGGACCAAGUUCCUUGCUUACAAUACUCUCGCAAAGAGAGUCCAGUGCUUGUUGUUCAGGGGCACAGCUCCUGCUAAUUAAUUAAUUAACACCCAGCCUGGUUGGUGCAAUUUCGGUUUCCUUGUGGAAUUGCAGAAAGUCAGGGAACAUUAUGAAAAGGUUUCCUUUUUAGUUUCAAGCACUGCCAAGUUCAAAUGUGUUGCAGGGAAUGGGUUGGAGUCAAAAAGCACUCAAGUCUGCUUUUGCUUAGUAUGUGUGAAGAUCAUGGGCACAUUUCUAUGUGAAAAUGGGUUGGGAAGACAUAGAAGAUCACAACCAAUGGCAUCCUUCUGCUCAUUGAAGGCUUUUUGAUCUUGCAGAGAAUUCUGGGAAGGGAAGGGGAGGUGCAAAGGACAUUUCUGCUAUUUCCUCUGCAGUCCCUGUGCCUUCAAGCUCUGCUCAAGGUGUUUGGAAGAACUACCAGCAUGGCAUGAGAUGUGGAGUUUGUGGAAAUCUUCUCUGCCCCUCUGUUUAUGGGAACCUCUACUGGAUCAUAGGAUACAACUCUAGGGCUAUUAACAAACUGUUGUAUGAUCCACAAGUGACAGAAUCCAGGCAUUCAUUAUUUCCUUAUAACAUGCUGGCAGAUGUGUGCAUCACUACCCAUGCAUUUGUAUAAGGAAACUCAUCUGUGAAUCAGUCUUAAUCUUCCUGACUUAAUCUAGAUACACAUCAAAAUGGAAAAAGAUGGAAUUGUUGUGGAAGCAGGUUGCAUCCUAGCAACUGCUCCUUGUCAGGGAAGUGUGUCACAUUCCUGGAGUGGUUUGCUGUAUCUGUUUGUAUACUACAUCCAUAUGUCAUAUCGCCUUGUCUAAGGGGAUGUUGCCUGUUUUUAUUUCUAUGAAACUACUGCCCGUGCAGUCAUAGAUGCUAGUCAUACAUGAACAAAGUUCUUUUGACUCCAUAAGUUGUUUGGGACUUGAACUGGUGGUGUGCUCAUCAGGUUUUAGGCACGGUGAAGUAUUUGAAUGUUUUAUUAAGUUAUACGCGUAUUUAUGCAUGAUUGAGACCUUCCAAAUUAUUACAAGAAAGUGAGGAUGGGGAGUAAUGCAUUUAGAAUGAUUGAAUGGUAGCCUCUUACAGAAAUGACAUUAUCGGAUCAACAGAAAAUUUUUUGAUCUGCUUGUUUAUAGACUUGAAAGGCCACGGGUGCUUUUUACUGUCAGCUGGAGAUUGAACUUGGAAUGGGUGCAGAGGUUGAGACAGCACACUGAAAUAGUUUUAGUAUAUUUAGUAUUAAUAAGGUAUAAUUAGUAGUCACUUUAGUUUCACAUCAGAGUCGCUUCCCUAAGAUAAAGUAUUGCAGUUAAACAUGAAAGGGCGUGCAAUUCAUAAUCCUCUGUGUCCAAAAAAGUAGACACCAUAUGGUAUAUAUCAUGAAGUUUAUAGAAUUGCAGUUCAUAGACUGUUGUUCAAUUAUUGUCUUUCCAAAUCUGAUUCUUUUUCAAAUUAACUGCACUCUGCAACAUCAUUGUCCGAAGCACGCGCAGUGUACAGUGGAAGAAAUGUUGAACAAAAACAGCCAACCAGGUUCCACAGUGGCUUGUUUACCUUGCCAUUCAUGCUGAUGGUUUGCUGGAGGAAUUUAUAUCACCUGAGCAGCUUGCCAUGUCUUGUGAAUCCAAUGAGGGUGGCCUCUUGCCAUAAUUAAGAAUCCAUGAGAACCUGUGGGCUGCUUUAGAGUUCUGUGAUCAUGCAAAGAAACUCAUAUAGCCCAAAAUAGUCCCCAAAUGUCUUUAUAUUCAUUUUAAGGUGGAUGCACAUUUGGAUCCCUGAAACUGCUAAAUGGCCUAUGUUUAAUCUCAAGUUCCUUCCAAUGUUUUAUUUUUCUCAUAAAGUAAAAAUUUCUGGGGAACGAGCAUUCAGAAAUUCUGUCCUUGUAUGUGUAUCUCACACUAGUGUUCUCUUCCAACCUUGUUGAUUAAAUACUAUUGGUAUUACUUUUCACUAUUGUUGGUCCUAAUACUGCCAGCCUGGAAAGUACAUCUGCUUGCUGGCAAAUACCUGUUUUGACUUCUUUUGUAACUUACUCCCCAGCCAUCUCUCUGGGAGUACAUUCUUUGGUAUAGCUUUUGCCAGGUUGCAUGCUGGUCAUUGUUGCUGGCAGGUGGGCUGGAUACUGAAACAUACUAUGGCAUUUUACCAUCUAACCCACCUUUUGUUUUCAUGUUAUUUAAAAAAAUGGAAUGAAAUAAAGCAUUGCAGGAGUCAAUAAA